AUGAAGCAAUCUGAGGUUUUCCAAUCGAGAACAGUGGAGAAGAAAACUGGGAUGACAGUGAAACAAGAAAAAAGAAAAAGGGUUUCCUUCCGAAAAGAAAUGAAAGAAAGAAACGUUUUUCUUUCUGCAAUAUAUUGUGAGAGAGGGAUUUUGAAUCUAGAGCGUAUGGGAUUUGGUAUACACCGGGAUUUGGGUUUCCAGAAAGGAAGGGAUAUGUUGGGGAAUGGGAGGAGAGCGUCACUGGAGGGAUUGGCUACAUUGGGUCCUGGCAGGCAACAAGAUGAAAAGCUUAAAAUCUUCAAAGCAGAUCUCAGAUCUCCCGAGAGUUUCAAUGCGGCCAUGGAAGGUUGCCGUAGGGUUCUCCAUGUUUCAGCUCCCAUGGAUUUUCAAGAUAACGAGCCUGAGGCAGUGUUGACACAAAGGUCAGUCGAUGGAGCACUUGGCAUAGUGAAAUCAUGCUUGAGGUCCAAAACAGUGAAGAGAGCGGUCCACACUUCCAGCAUUUCCGCAAUGUGUUUCAACAAAGAGAAUGUGGAGAGGAUGGAUGAGAGUUUUUGGACUGAUGUGGAUUACGUCCGAUCGGAACAUAACUCGUACGUAAGUUCUUAUGCCAUAUCCAAGACUGAGACAGAAAAGGCAGUCUCUGAAGUCGCAACAGAACAUGGAUUGGAUUUGGUGACCAUCAUUCCUCCCAUAGUCGUCGGUCCCUUCAUUUGUCCAAAGAUGCACGGUUGAACACGCGCCGCAUUGGCUCCAAUCUUUGGUUCAAGUUAAACUUUGUGUUUAAUUUGUUACUU